ACUCAACAGCUGAACAUGAAUAUCUCAAGUACAUCAAUGACGAAAAUAUCAGUAGCAGUUUAAUAGGGAGACAUGUUACAGAUCACAAAGAUGGUUACAACUUGUAUCAAGCACACUCAAGAGCAAAUUUAGUAUUAGGAAACAAACUCUAAGGAGGAGGAGAAUUGAUAAUUCAAUAUACGAAUUCUACUUGGUUUGCUCAAAGGAAGGAGGCUCAAAAUCAACAAACAAAAUAACAGAACCAAAAGAAAAAGACACACAACAAGAAAAACCUGUUCAGAUACCAGAUGUUGAGCAGCCAACCAACAAAAGAAAGGAAAGAGUAGUCAAUGAAACAAGAACAGCAUGCAAAGCCAUGGUCAGAUUUAAGCAAGAAAAACCUGGUGAAGACUUUGUUGUAGUAGCUCAUGAGUUGCAACACAACCAUGAGUUGGUAAUACAACAAGAAAUACAUCAUCUGAAAUCAGAAAGGAAGAUAACUGAACAAAAAGGACAACUAAUACAAACAAUGGUUGAAUCUGGCAUAAAGCCAAUGCAUGCAUACAACUUUUUGUGUCAUGAGGCUGGAUCAGAAGAAGUAGUGGGCCACACAAAAAGGGACCAUCUAAACUAUAUCACACAGUACAGAACAAGAUUGGUUGAAGGAAAGGAUAUGCAGAGUGUGUUGGACUUACUUCAGCAAAGAGCGGAUGAUGAUCCUGCAUUCUUCUACAGGCUGAAAUUUGGGGAACAUAACAACAUCGUCAGCUACUUUUGGCGAGAUUCAAUGAUGUUGGAGGACUUCAAAGCAUAUGGAGAUGUUAUGAUAUUUGACACAACAUAUAGGACAAACAAAUAUGGACUGAUAUGUGCACCAUUUGUUGGCAUAAAUUGCCAUUGGAAAACAACAAUGUUUGCAUGUGCUUUCAUAACUAAUGAAAAGGAAGAGAGCUUUGAAUGGCUACUAGAAACAUUCAAGAGAGCAAUGUGCCAACAAGAGCCAAAGACAAUUUUCACUGAUCAAGAUAAGGCAAUGGGCAAUGCAAUUGAAAAGGUUUUCCCAAAUACAAGACAUAGGCUUUGCCUUUGGCAUAUAGAGAAGAACUUUGUAAGCCACUUCGGAUCCCUCAAGACCAAUGAAGACUUCAAGAACAUGUUCAAGAACUGUUUGAUGGGGUGUCAAAAUGAAUCAGGCUUUGAAGAAUUGUGGGCGAAAAUGAUGGAAUUGUAUGGACACGAGAAAAAGAAUGGUUCGAGCAAGUAUAUGAUCAGAGACACAAGUGGUGCACCGCAUUAAACAGGGAUAUGUUUUCAGCUGGAAUCUUAUCAUCACAAAGAAGUGAAGUCACAAAUAAGGCAAUAUCAUUCAAUGCAAAAGCAACAACAAACCUGUUUGAAUUCUAUCAUAUAUUUGAGCAAACAGUGAAAAGAUGGAGAAGCAAUGAAACUAGUGACAACUUCCGGAACAGAACUGAACGUCCCAAAGCCGUCAAAUCCAAAUCAAAGCUUCUGAAACAUGCAGCUGAUGUAUACACACUAGCACUAUAUAAUGACUUUGAAACAGAGUAUGAGUGGGCAAUGGCAUCAUUUUUACGAGCAUUUGCAACGAAAACUCACAGCUGAAGUUGUUUGAAGUCUCACCAGAAGAAGAUUUCAGCAAUUCACAUACAGUAGCAUACGAUGAGGCGACAACAGAAUUAGUGUGCUCAUGUCAAUGCUUCACAGAGACGGGGAUGCUUUGCUUUCACAUAAUAAGGGUCAUGCACAUGUUCAGCAUAUUUCAAAUACCACAACAAUAUAUCCUUAAGAGAUGGACAAGACUUGCAAAGUCAGCAGUAUGGGAGAAUGUUCAAGCAGACAAGGACCAAAGCCAAAAUGCACAGUUGUGGACACCAUGGAGACAUGCAAUAACCAAGAAUUUCUACAACCUAGUGUCAAUAUGUCAAUCAAAUGAGGAUGCAAGAACAUUAUGUGACAAGUCGUUGAAGGAAUUAUACAAAUCAGUGAAAGAAGUUUUCAAGACUGAUCAACAAAAACAACAAGAAAUCGAAGAUGAAGAACUACGAAGACAAACAGUUGAAAAU